AUGCUGUCUCACACUCUUUUUUCCUUAGCCGCUGCUGUAGCUGCCAUGAUCCAGCCUGCCGUGGGGUUGCCAGCUGAGCAGCUUCAAGCCCGGCAAACUGUAUGCUCAAUAAACGAGAACACUUGGACAGCUAGGAUGGCCGGGACGUGUUCCAUUGAUGGAGGCCCUGCUAUGACUUGUGAUCUGAGAACCGAUCUCAAGACUCUUGUCGUAAAGCAAAAUACGAUGAUAAGCGCCGCGGGCCUAGGCAACAACCAAUUCGAAUGCACUGGAUACCAGAACUGGCAAUGCUGCUCUUCUUAG